GAGUCGUGUUAUGGUGGCGAGAAAUGAUUCUUAGCCUGUGAAAUAUUUACAUUUGUAAUUCGUCUUUUUCCUUCUCGCUUAUUCAGGAUGAAUAUACUGCAAUGUCUCUUUUAACAGCUUUGGAAGAGCAGGAAUUAUCCCCGGACCGAGGAUGGACCAGUGCUAAUCAGUUUGUCAGCUACCAGUCCCAGCCCUCCAUCAGUAGAAUGACAAGCCCCAGCUCAGGGGCUAGCAGUGGGAGCUGGGGGGAGUCCCAGAGACUCGAGGGUCUGCUACCGCAGCCCAUGGAAGAUAUCAAGACAGAAGCUACUGAGGGAUCAGAAGAAGUGAUGCUAGUUGAUCAGACAAGUCAGAAUCAGGCAGUGAACUUGAUGGAACAACUUCGAACUACUGAAAAUACCAUCCAGAUUCAGUUAGGGGAUGACAUCUUCUCCAUCCCCAGCUCCUCAAGCAAUCAGUAUCUCGUGCCCUCUGACUUUAGCCCCAGCCCUGCCCAGCCAGCUGCCUACCAAGCUGAGACCCCCAUGGACUACAUCCCAUCACCACAGGAACAGUCAGGGAACUUUCUCCACACUACAACGAGUCCGAAUGUCCAGUAUUCUGCUCCAUCAACUUCCAUUCAACAUGCCUUUCAGACAUCUUCACUCCAGCAAUCCCCAGUUCAGCAUGUCCAGCAGGUUCAGCAGACAACUGUUCAGCGUGAUCAGCAGACGUCAAUCCAACAAUCACCUGCUCAGCACAUUCAGCAGACGCCACUUACUGCUCAGCAUUUGCAGCAGACGUCGAUCCAGCUCUCCCCGACAGGACAUGUCCAGCAGCAGACUUCUACCACACAGUAUCAGCACAAUCAGUUUUCCCAGCAUCAGUACGCCUCCAGCGAGAACAGCUUUUCGGGUUCCCCUGUUCCAUCAAGCUUCAACAGUUUUACCCCCUCAAAAAUCUCUGACCAAACAUCGUCUUUGAGUCCAGAAAUGUACAGCUCAUCUAGUCAAGCUUCUUCGGAAGGCUUUAUGAACCGGAUAGCAACUCCACCAAAGACAAAAUAUUCCAAAAACACAGUUCAGAGUCCAGGAAUGUCCAUGAUAAGAGAAUAUGAAUCUGCCUCACCUCAUUUCAGUGAGAAUGUGGGUGAGGUGGCACUGACGAUGUCUAGUGAAGAUGCUAGAUCUAGCCCUGUGAUUGGGACUCCUAAUCAGGUAUACAGGGGUAGUCCCUACCCUCAGCAGUCACCUCAAGAUGUCCGUUACAAUGUGUCCGCUCCCUCAAAUUUUGAUCAGUGCGAUUUUGGACAACAACAUUCUCCGACCUUGAUGAGCACGCAUCAACAGCAGGAUAUGUCCGGUGCAUCCCCACAGCAGCAUAUUAUGAACACGUCACAGCAUCAGUUGUUGAACACCCCACAGCAUCAACAAGGCAUGAAUGCAUCGCAGAUAUUCAAUUCAAUGAAUCCUCAGCAUCAGAUGUUGAACAAUUCACAGCAACAAAUAAAGACGACACAUCAACAGCAGGAUCUGUCCAGUGCAUCUCUGCUGCAUCAGGGCAUGAUGAACCCGGCACAGCGAGGCUUGAACAUAGCCCAUCAGAUUGAGGACUCGGAUGGACAACAGACAUUCUCAGACGAUACGCAACAAACUUUAUCUGUCAGGGGACAGAAUUUUCAGAAAGGAUAUGUUUACCUUGUUAAAAAGUCCAAUGGAACUGGAGGUUUCCUUGCUAAAUAUACAGCAAAUGGUCUGGAACCAAUGAAGGAAUCAGUUAACUUUCAGGGCAAGUUAAAUGCCAGUGGUGGCAACAUUAUUGGUGGGGGUAGAGGGAACACAGCUAGGGGGCGUGGUCGGGGUCAGAGUAGGGGAAGAGGUCAAGGUCAGAUGCAGGGACGACCUCUCAAGGGCAACGCUACAGGGCUGCUCAUGUCUGCUGCUGAUGCCAACUCCAUGAAUGUGAUGAAAGGACGCUCCAUGCAUGGCAACAUGGCCAACGCAGGCAUGCUGGCAGAGAAGUGCUCCCAGAACAACGCCCAGAACAUCCUGCCAAAUGGAAGGAUCUGGCGCCACACUAGUCUGGAUACAUCCCUGCUUGCACGCCCUCCCCUCCACCCCGAGAUGCAGUUGAGCCCGAACAGUCACGGCAAAACAGAUAUGGCAGGAGAGCCUCAGGAUACACCACUGGUCAAACAUGGCGAUCUGCCAAAGACAGACAUCAAUUCCAUGAACGAUGACAGUCUGAUGAUGCGGCCCCGGGACCCACCAAAGCCAAAGAAGCAGUCGGGGGCGGAUGGGUUUGCGGUGUGCAAGUUCUGUGGCUACACCAGCGGGGACAUAGAGCAGUGUGAGCGGUGCCACCGGAAACUGCCCACAGAUGUGAAGAUCAUGAAGAAGCACCAAGAUGGGGGCAAGACUAUAGACAAGAAAUCCUUCUACGGUGCCCGACUCAAUGAACAAAGCAAACCAUAUGUUAAAAAACACCCCUUGCACGCGUCAAACACUCCGAAAUGUACGUCCCCGGUGGACUUUAAUGUGCAGGGAGUGAACAACACGUACAGUAGUCCGAGACAGUAUGCCAGGCCAACGCCCCGAACUCAGCGGAUGUCUAGAGUACAUGAGCCAGAAACAGUGACCAUAUCAUCAUCCGACGAGGAAGAUGCCUCUGCCAGAGCCAUGAUAGCCGCAGGCCAGUCUGUGCCCCAUGGCGCAAUGAUGACGCCCCCGUACACUCCAGGCACCACCCCCCAGCAGAACAGUAGGAACGGCAGCCCCAGCACCAGCCCCUGCUCCAGCCCCUUCAAAUACUCUGCAGCCAGACCAGCACUCACUCGGCGAGAGAAGAUGGAGGACUCUACGGGCAAAUGUCCUGGCAAGAAGCGGGGCAGGAAGCCCAAGGUCCGACAGACGGAGCUGAUGACGCAGCCCCCACCUGGGGGGAAGAUGAAGCGGGACAUCUCGGUGGAGCUGAACGUGAGGAGUGUCCGCAUCGGCUGCAUGAAGUCCACGCCCCUGGAGCAUGUGACCAUCACCAAGGAUGGGUUCCAGUUCCAUGUCAUCUGUGAUGACCGUGAGACGGAGUUCCAGUUCGAGGUGAAUGCAGAUGAAAUACAGUCCUGUAGGGCGAUCCUCAAGCAGUCUCAGCCGCUCAUGUUCCUCCACACCUACGAGGAGUGCGGCGAGAGGCUGCGGCAGGAACUGAGCAUGGAGGAGCCAAAUCAGAAGGGCUACUUUCCUGACAGCAAGGAUGUAACUCAGAAGUACAUUGUGAUCAUCAUCAACAAGAUCGAGGAGUGCGAGAGACAGGACAUUCGCAUGUUGUUUCAGCACUACCAGCGCAUGACGGCCAGCAAGGUCUCCCUCCUCACAGACCUCACGAGUGAUGAAGCCAACAUGCUUCUGGUCGAAACGACCCCCAAGAAGAAUGAUAAGAUCUCUAAACUCUGUGAUAAAGCCAUAUCAUCUCUGAAGGAGAAAUCCAUGGCCUCCAUCUCGGGGGGAGAAUCCUCCAAACAGGAGGACAAGGAGAACUCUGCAGGGUCAAGGUCACCUUCACCACCACCAAAGAUUGGAUUUAGUGGGCCAAUUGAAAAGUUGUUGACCUAUCCCCCGCCACCAACUAAAGGUGGAAUCACAAUCACCAAUGAAGACCUCUACUGUCUCAACGAGGGAGAGUUCCUCAAUGAUGUCAUCAUAGACUUCUAUCUCAAGUAUUUAUUCAUUGAGAAGCUGAGUGAAGAAGAUCGAAGCCGGACUCACAUUUUCAGCUCCUUCUUCUACAAGAGACUCACCCAGAAACAGGCCCGCAACAGUAUGCCGGAAGAUGUAGCCAAGUUGCCGGCCAUGAUCCGGCGCCACACCCGAGUGAAGACCUGGACUCGCCAUGUUGAUCUGUUCGACAAGGACUUCAUCAUCGUGCCAAUAAACGAACAUUCUCAUUGGUUCCUUGCAAUCAUCUGCUUCCCCAACAUGAAUGAGGAGGAACAUAUUCCAUACAUUCCCCGCACCCCGGAGCCGGAGACUCCAAGUCCCAGCACUGAAGAGACAUCAGAGGAACACAGUAAGGAGGAGGGGGAGGAGACUGAGGAGGGGGAACAGAAAGAGGAAACAAGCAUGGAUACAGAUGACAGCCAAACCACUGUCAACACCAGCCCAAACAAGGAGAUCCGGGGGACUCCAUUAGAUCCGAGUGAAGUCUUGAACAAUGGAGAUGAAACUAAAGAGUACAGCCUCGGAGUCAAACAAGCAUGUGUGCUAAUUUAUGAUUCCUUGGCUGGACCAUCGAGGAGUGCCAUUGUGCGCAUUUUAAAAGACUACCUACAAGUUGAGUGGGAUACGAAGAAGAAAGAGAAGCGGCAAGUGAAGGACAAGCUGAAGGGAGGGUUUGUCAAAGUGCCUCAACAGACCAACUACUCUGAUUGUGGUGUCUACCUCCUGCAGUAUGUCGAGAGCUUCUUCAAGGAUCCAAUCAUGGACUUCUCACUGCCGAUGAAAAGUUUAAAAAACUGGUUCAAGGAUGAAAUAGUGUUGAAAAAACGAGAUGAAAUCCGUGAUUUGAUUUUGGAAUUGAAGAAAAAGGAGGAGGAGGGGGCUAGCUGAUGAUCUGUGAUACGACACACAAAUGAGAAACUAUAACCUGAAAGUGCUGCAGAGUUAUCUGCCCCUUGAUCGACAGGAAGCGUGAGUGUGGGCUACACACGGCCAAUCCAGGCCCAGAUAAUGUGACAGCCAAUAAUAAGACUGGUCACCCGUCCAAAUAAAAGAAGAAGUUCUUUUGUGUGAUGAUCGAACCAAUGAUGACCAAAUACCUUUCCAUGGAUGGUGAAAUGCAUUCUGGGCCUGGGCUGGGAUCCAUCAAACCAGCAGGCACUUGUGUAUAUGGGAUUGUGUGAAUGACAGUCAGUUCAAUGGCUGAAUGAUGUACCUGUGGUAGUUGGAAUGAACAUUGACAUGAAAAACUACAGCAUGAGAGAUUUGUAUCAUAACAUACAGAGAUCCCGAUGACUUGGUUGUUCUAUUCUUGCUAUCGGGUUCUAUUUGACCUUCUUUUUUUUUUAAUCAUUUGAGUAUAAAUGAAAAAAGGGUGUUAUCAAAUGACUACAGUAUUUACUAUCCUGUGGGACUGUUCCUUCUGCGAAUGUGUUUGCAGACAUUGUCUGCUGCUUAUGUUGUUGCCGUAGUGAUGUGCAUCGUAGUGUUUCUGUGUCUUCAAAACAUCUUUGCGUGUACACAUUAGUGCUUUCAUUGAGAUCACAUGCCUGGUCUGUCCCAUCAUGCAACUGCCAUAUAGAUUAAAAACAAGCAGAGCUAAUUUUGAAUUGACUUCAGCAUUUUUUACGUUUAUACCUGAUAAACGCAAAGCAACAUUGAAGUUGAUUCUUCUAUAUAACUCAACAAUAGUAUUUCACAGACUCUUUGUUUAAUCAUUAUCACGCAAAAAACUGUACAUGGAGAACAAUACAAACUCAGUGACAUCUUGUGGCCACCCACCUGUCUUCAAAGCCCACUAUAUUAUCAGCCAAUGAGGAAUCUGUAGUCUGCUUGUGGGCGUUGCCUUUUUCUAACGCGACAAGAAUUUGCUUUUUAGCCAAUCCAAUGCCAUGGAAUCACUUCGUUAUUACAGUAACAACCUGAAUAUCUACAUUUCUUUACAAGUGAAAUUUUGCCAUAGAUGUUCAUAAUGUAUUAUAGAAUAGAAUGCUGGUAUCUACAGGCAAUCUACACCCUCUGAAAGCAUACAUCACAUAGUAAAGUAACCAGGGCUGCUACAGAAACUAAGUAGGUUAACAUUUUG